AUGCAAAAGGGUGGGGGCUUGGCGGCCAGGCCUCUGGUUUCGCACGGCGCGGAAAUGCCUAGAUACAAGAGAUUCUCCUUUGCCCUCAUCGCAUCCGCGGAGUCCACACUGCACAGGGAUGCCCCUAUCUCUCCUGCUGCCCCUUCCUGGAAGCCCGCCUCCCCGCGGGUCCAGCCCUGGGCGCCGCCGGCUCGCGCGCUCCAUCCCGCCUCCAACGGCAGCUGGGUACUCAUUUUCCCGGCGGAGGUAGCGCGUCCGCUGCGCCGCGCGCUGCGACCUACAAGAAGCGCUGACGUCGCGGAGGGUCGGCAGUCGGCGCGGAGCGGCUGGCGCUCGCGUGUGGCUUCUUAA